AUGGAGCACCUAUCGAGGUUCGUAGGUCAGAUGUCCUUGGCAGAUGACAGCAGAGCGGGCAACAUCUCAUCUGAGUAUAUUAAUAUUCGUGCUCAGACUUCUAUCGUCAAGAAAGAUUUUGGCCUUACGACGAUAGCGGGGGCACUGAUGGAGAAUGUAAAGAAGAACCGUUACAGAGACAUUUUACCAUAUGACCAGACCCGUGUGCCCCUGACUCUACUGACAAAUGAGAAUGAUUUUGACUAUAUCAACGCCAGCUUCAUUAAGGGUGCAACAAAGACCAAAAAAUACAUAGCGACCCAAGGGCCUCUGAGACACACUUUGGUGGACUUCUGGCGAAUGAUUUGGCAGUAUGAUGUAAAGGUCAUAAUCAUGGCUUGCAGAGAAAUUGAAAUGGGAAAAAAAAAGUGUGAGCGCUACUGGACUACUUUCAAAGAAACAACCCAUUUUGGUCCCUUUAUUGUGUCAAACUUUGAGGAAUCUAGCCCAUAUGAGGAAGUCGUUUUCCGCACUCUGACAGUGAAAUAUCAUGAGGAAACACGGAAAAUCUCUCAAUUCCAAUACACAGCUUGGCCUGAUCAUGACGUUCCAUACACGGUUUAUGGUAUUUUAGGAAUGAUGGAUAUGGCUCGCAAAGACCAGGGAAACAACACUAGCCCUGUUCUCAUCCACUGCAGUGCUGGUUGUGGAAGAACAGGGGUGAUUUGUGCCCUGGAUUAUGUUCACGAUCUUCUUGUGACAAAGCAAAUUAAAGAAGAUUUCAGUAUCAUGAAGAUUGUAGUGGAACUAAGGAGACAGAGGCCAUCAGCAGUACAGACAAAGGAACAGUAUCAGUUUGUGUUUUCUGCUGUGGCUUACAUGUUUGAGAAGGCUUUACGGUCAGCUGAGAACAACUCCCAGAAUCUCACCAAUGUAAGACAGAAACUGCUACUUUUGUUCAACCAUAUCAGAAACCUGCAUGAGGUCAAAGCUGACACAAGUAACCAACCUUUAUAUGAUGAUGUUGCAUCUGUGAAGACAUCCCCACCGACAACAUCAGCCAGCGCAGAAAGAUAUUCUAAUGUGCAGUACAGAGUGCCUCGGCCUCGUCAGCAGAAGAUGAAUGACGUAUAUUCCGUGGUCAACAAGUCCAAACAGCUCCCACCACCAGCCUCUUCCACCGCCCCUCUGGCCGCUCUCUGUCACUAUGACAACGAAGAGCUGGGCGUCCCAAAAUUCCAUGUCGGUGCUCUUUACAGCACGGUCAAGCCCAAGAGCAGGUGUCUUCCAGCCAAACCGCCACCAGCUGUCUCAUCCAUAUAUGACACAGCCGGACUAGCCAAUCACAGGCUAGCUGAGGCCUCGGCAGGGGAGGACCAGAGUGGCUAUGAGCUGGUCACAGCUGAGUGUUAUUCCUCGACAGAAGAGGACUAUGAAUAUGUCUCAAAUCCCAUCAAAUGCAUGACCAACAGCUGCACUCCUGGUAGCAUGGAUUUCAACUGUCGCAUUAAAAAACCCAAAGGGCCUCGGGAUCCCCCGGCAGAGUGGGGUCAUGUGGAGAGAUGACACAGCAGCCAUAUACCAGGCCUGGCCACAUCUUUACUCAUUCAUGUUUGACAAGCAAUGGAAAUGGGCUCUUUAUUUAUUUUUACUUUCUGUGAACAUCUACUGUAUGUGAUCACAAAAAUACAGUUAUCUAUCUAUCUUUUGUAACCCAUUUGAGUUCGUAUAUUUUUCAGAUCUUGUGAUUUAUAUUACCGAUGAAAGAAUAAACUAUAUUAAACAACUUUCAA